AUGGUGGCCACGCUGGCGGGCCUGAGGCAGCUGGGCCAUGCGGACGCGGCGUACUACGCGCGCUUCUUGGCGCCGGCGCUGCGGCCCGGCGGCGCGCUGCAGGGCGCCGGGUGCAGCGAGGCAGCCAACCUGCUGUUCGCGCUCGGCGGCAGCGGCGGCGGCGGCGGCAGCGGUGGCAGCAGCGGCGUUGGGGCCGGCGGAGAGGGCUCACUCGAAGAUUCUUCGCGCGGGCAGGUGCUAUCUGUCGGCGCUGACCUGGCACGCCGGCUGGACGCCGGCGGCUUGGGGCAACUGCCGGAGGAGAGGCUGCGGACGCUUCAAGGCGCGCUGGGCGUGCUGAGCGGGUGGAGCGACGCGGCGUCGGCGCGGGAGGUGGCGGCGCUCGAGACGGCGCAGGCGGCUGUUGCGGAGGCCCUCGCGAGCAAGUAG